UGGUCUAGUAAAAGCUUUUUCAGUAAACUUUUCAAUGUAUAUGGCAUCCCAGAUUCUGCAGACAUCUUUUGGGGGAGGAGCAUAACUGAGCUCAUAGGUCCAAAGUAUCGAGUUCUAACAUCAUCAGCUAUAAUUUCGAUGUUCUCCGUGGGUCAGGUCGUGAUGGGAACAGUCGCGUGGCUCGUCCAACCCUGGCGUCACUUUAACAUGAUCCUUUCCAUACCAUGCUUCAUCAUUAUAGCGUAUUAUUGGAUACUUUCCGAGAGUAUAAGAUGGCUGCUUUUGAGGCAGAAAUAUGAGGAGGCUAAAAAAGUGUUACUUAAUGUUGCAAGAAUCAAUAAAACCAAGAUAAGUGAUAAAAGUAUGGUAGCUUUAAUGACACCUACGACACCUAGUAAUCUACAGAUGGACAGACCUAAUGUAGUGAACGCAAUAAUUCGAUCACCAGUUUUGCUGAGACGCGUCUGUACUACUCCUAUCUGCUGGAUUACUGGAACCUUAAUCUUCUACGGUCUCUCUAUUAAUUCCACCACUCUAUCUGACACAAUGUACCUCAACUACAUACUGACAUGUGCUAUUGAAAUUCCUGGAUUCUUCUUCGCUGUUUUGGUUUUGGAUAGGAUUGGAAGAAGAGCGACAUUGUCUGCGGGUUUCCUUUUCUCUGCUGCAUGUAAUUUGGCAUUUAUUUUUAUACCCAACGAUUUGACCAGUCUCCGAUUAAUUGUUUUUCUUCUUGGCAAGUUUAUGAUAUCAGCAGUGAUGAACUCUCUUUACCUGUACACAUCGGAACUGUACCCUACAGAGUUCAGACAGAGCUUGCUUGGUUUCUCGUCGAUGGUUGCAAGAAUAGGAUCUAUGGUAGCACCGCUAACACCGGUUUUAGCAAAUUAUUGGCACGGAAUUCCAUCUAUGAUGUUCGCUAUAAUGGGUGUUAUAUCUGGUCUGCUAGUUCUAACUCAGCCAGAGACGCUUGGAACCAAGUUGCCAGACACGAUCGCCGAAGCAGAAGCACUGGGAAGGACUAAAUUAAAAGAAGUCGAAAGCACAUACCUUUAA